UUUUUUUAGCAUGCGAGAAAGAACUCUACUCUAUCAAGGAGCUACAUCACAACAUUACCUUAACAUCUCAUCUGUGGCAGAGCAAUUAAUUAAUCAAUUAAAUAAUUGAUUACAACCGAGUAAUUACUUAUAACUGCAAACUAACUUACUCAAAGUUUGGUGUUAUUAGAACUUCGGAGGUGUUGCUGAAGAUAUGGGUUUGCUAAAGGAGUUGAGAUCGCUCUCCGGUGACCCUCAAUCUCGGAGAUGUAUUUAUGCCAUAUCUGGAACAUUCUUAGGUAUACUAUUCAUGUUUUACUGGGUUUACUCUACAAACAGUCUAGCUUUGCGGGCCCUCACCUUUCUCACCCUAUUUGACUUUGCUAAUCUCGUAUCCGCUCUCAUCUUCAGAUGGUCAGAGAAACAGGCUCCCUCCCUGACCUUCACAUACGGUUACUCCAGAGUAGAGGUUCUGGCUGUGUUCUCCGCUACUCUACUCACCCAGUUCAUUUCCUUCUUUAUCAUAAAGGAAGCUGUGCAUCAUCUCCUCGAGGGACUGGACUUCAGACCUGAUUCCAUGCUCCCGGCUACUGUGUUUGGUCUUGGACUACAUUUCGGAGCUACUUUUCUGGUGAAGAACCCAGCUUACGAGCACCUAGCUCGCUCCUCUCCCAGCAACUGGGUACAGGACUCAGUCAACGAUUUAGGUAGCAGCUUGUUCGGGUAUGUGCCUCUUCUGGCAGGAUUGUUUCUGCCUGGUAAACCUCUCAACCCGUUAGCUCUUGUAACAUGUUUAUCCUCUCUGGGGGUUGCAGCUUCAUACUACCUAGUUACUUCAUAUGAUCUGCCAGGAGCAGAUCCUCUUAUAGCUAUCCUUAUCAGCUUUAUUACCAUCGCUACCUUACUGCCAAUGACAGUGUAUACAAGCAAAGUGCUGCUCCAGACCACCCCCGGUCACAUGAUAUCCUCUCUUGACAAGUGCUUGAGGGAGGCUGCAACCCUUGACGGAGUACUGGAGUUCAGGAACGAGCACUUCUGGACGUUAACUUGGGGUGUUUUAGCGGGAACCCUCGACGUAAGGGUCAGACGAGAUGCCAACGAGCAGACUGUUCUAGCUGAGGUAACACACAGGCUGUCUCAACACGUUACACUUCUCAACGUUCAAGUGAUAAAAGAAGAGACCGCCGCCUUGUUCAACAACAUAGCUCAUACUCCCUUGAUGACGUCAUCACGACCAACUGUGACGUCAGCAUCGGCUACCCAUGGCUUCAGACCUGCUACUAAACUUAACGCUUCUGGCUUCAGAAAUGAGAGGACGCUUUAGUUAGAAACCAAUAUGUGUUUAUUUUAAUUUAAAGUAUGUGAUUUUUUGGGAGAAACGUGACGAAGCAUGAUUUCUGUAUCAUUUGGGUAUUUUAGAUCAGAAUAAGCGGAUUUCUUAAUCAUCGCUUUAUUAGAGAAUGUUGAUAGAAUUAAUAACUAAGAUUAUUAUCCUGUCAACUGUGAUGUAAGAUUUUCUGUGAGAGUGUGAGCGCUGGUUCGCACUGAAAUAAUAACAAA